CAGAAACUCCAGGUUGGCUCAGAAGAGGUGAGCAGUGGCCCACAUCAUCUUCAGCAUCCAGCAAGGCAGCUGCCCAGAGCAGGAGACCCGGGUCCAUGAUGAAGUGCCAGCUCUCUUACCUCCUACUGGGAGUGUGGCUGCUCCUGUGCCUUCCUCCCAUGCAGGAGGGUGCAGAGGUUACAUUAUGUGGCCGAGAUUUAAUUCGACACGUUAUAUUCCUCUGUGGCCAUAGACCAAAGCGGGAAGCUGGACCAUUUGCAGAUGCCAUCACUGAAGAUGCAGAAACCUUAGAGCUGAAGUUGGAGCCAACUGAGAUGCAGCCCUUGCCGGAGGAGCUGGGACAAGCUGUGUUCAAGGAUUCCAGUCUUACUUCUGAAGAUGUUCAGGAAAUUGCUGCAGAUGCACAACACUAUCUUGAAGAAGGCAGCCACAUUCCACCCCAACUGAAAAGUCCAGGCUUAGAGAAACAUGUCCGACAAAAGAGGGUCCCUUGGAAUCUUAUGGACCGCUGUUGUCAGAAGAGUUGUUCUGAGCGUGAGCUGUAUGAGGUAUUCUGUGGCUGGUGAGCCGGGCGAUAGUGCGCCAGGUUAAGCGCUCAUUGUGCAGUGCACAAGGAUCCCUGUUCAAGUCUCUGGCUCCCCACCUGAGGGGCAUCACUUCAAAGUUGGUGAAGCAGGUGUGCAGCUGUCUGUCUUUCUCUCCCCCUCUGUCUUCUCUUCCCCUCCUAAUUUCUAUCUUAUCCAAUAACAAAAAGAACAGUAGCAACAGCUUUGGAAAACAAUGACCUCAAGGAUCAAUAGUGCAGGCACUGAGCCCCACUGAUAAUCCUGGAGGCAAAAAAAGAAAAAACAAAACAGAAUUUUUGUCUCUAUGGCAGGAGGAAAGACAUGUACAAAAAGGUAUUCUUGAAUGAUUGUAGUUUUUGGUGAAUAAAGUCUUUCAGUUGAAAAUGG